AUGAUGUCCACAUGCAUUGAUACACUAUCAGUGGAAGGUCGUUUCGAUUUCUUCAACUCGUUUGACAAUGUACUGACCGACUGCGAUGGAGUACUUUGGAUCGAUAACAAUAUUCUACCCGGGGCGACUCAAGUUAUGAAUGGCUUCAAAAAUAAUAAUAAAAAUAUAUCUUUCGUUACCAACAGCAACACUAAAACGCGGGCACAACUUUUGGAGAAGUUUCUUUUACUCGGAUUUCUAUCUUCGAUCAACGAUGUGAUUAGUAGUGGAUUUUUGGCUGCCCGGUAUUUAAAAGAUAAUCUCGAUCCGUCCAAACAAGUCUAUGUAAUUGGAUCACCAGCUUUAUCUAAUGAAUUGAACGCGUUAAACGUGAAGCACUUUGGCGUUGGUGAGGACUAUUUAAAUACUUCUGUAUCAGAAUUUGUCGAUAAAGUCAAGCUAGAAUCCAAUGUGGGUGCUGUUUUAGUAGGAUUUGAUGAUUAUUUUAGUUACCCAAAGUUAUUCAAAGCGGCAUCUUAUCUGAAAGACCAAAACGUUUUAUUCUUGGCGACUAAUAUGGAUGAGGUUUUUCCUAUAGCCAGUAAUUCAAAUAUAAUUAUGCCCGCUACUGGUAGUCUAGUAAUUCCUGUAAAAGUCAGCGCUGGACGGGAUCCAUUUGUGAUCGGCAAACCGUCAACUUACAUUUGUGAUUUCUUAACAGAAAACAACAAAAUUGACCCUUCGAGAACCCUAAUGAUUGGUGACCGUUGCAGUACUGACAUCGUAUUUGGUAAACGUUGUGGUUUUAAAACAUUGUUGGUAUUUACUGGUGUAAAUAGUUUGAAGGACGUGGAAGAAUGGAAUAAAUCAGAUGAUCCUACUUUACAAGAGUUAGUUCCUGAUUAUUACGCCGAGGGUAUUGAUAGUCUGAAGGCAAUAUUUCCAGUACCACUGUAA